AUGGAAGUAGAGAAAUCGUCGCUCUGCAAUUGCGUCGUUAACUUUCUGUUAGAAGAGAAUUACAUUCUAACCGCUUUUGAACUUCUCCACGAACUUCUCGAUGAUGGACGAAGCGAUCAAGCCAUUCGUCUUCAACAAUACUUCGCCGAUCCUUCUCGUUUCCCUCCAAAUCACAUCUCUCGACUCAACUCUCUCCCAUCUGCGGAUCCACAAGCGCUGCUACAAAAUAAAGAAGAAACGGAGCAAAAGUUAGCGAUCACUGAUUACGAACUGCGUUUGGCGCUGGAAGACAUUACCAAGCUGAAAGAAGAAUUGCAAUCUAAAGGAGCAUGUAAUAUCAUCCAUGAUGCAACGAUGAAGUCAGGUGGAGAUGUUCUGGUGAACGGUGGUGGUGGUGAGGUACAAACUCAACAGCAACAAGGGAAUAAUCAGAGUCCGGUCGCGGCUUUAGGUCAAGUGAAGGAUACUGAGCGUCGCGAUCUCAAUUGUGCUGUCAAGGAAUAUUUGCUUAUAGCUGGUUAUCGACUCACUGCAAUGACAUUUUAUGAAGAGGUUACAGACCAGAACUUGGAUGUUUGGCAGAACUCAAAUGCGUUAAUACCGGAUGCCUUACGGCAUUAUUAUUAUCAUUAUCUUUCUUCGAAUUCAGAGGCUGCUGAGGAAAAUAUUGGCCUAGUUCAAGAAAAUGAAGCAUUUAUGAAGGAAAAUCAGAGGCUGAAUGAAGAAAAGGAGAGUUUGUUGAAGGGCAAAGAUUUGGCAGAUGGUCAAAUAAGGGCAUUAACUAAAUCCUUGGGCGCACUUCAAGAAGAUCUUAAGCAGAAAGAGAACAUGGUUCAAGUUUUAAAGCAGUCCUUGGAGAAUCAAAGAAAGGAGCUCCAUGACAGUAGAGUUGAGAUCAAUAAUUUGAAAAUGCAUAUUAAAGGAUUUGGUUCUGGAAAUAAUGUGGCUAUUAAUGAUGUUGAUAAUGCUCUGCCCGACCUUUUAGAUAAGUACAAGGAAGAAAUUAAGAAAUUACAAAUGGAAAUUGAACGGUUGAAGGAAAAGAAUAGAGGAACUCCUGAACAUAGAAAUUUUGGUAGUUCUGAAAAUGAACUUAUGCAAACAGAAGACAAAGUUAUUGAGAUGCAUGAGGACCAAGGUGCGACAUUGGAUGUUGUACACAAUGAAGAUGCUCAUUCUCCAGCUCUUCAAACUCUUAAUGAAUUUGCUGAUAAACACACAGAUUCACAACUAGACUUAUUUAAUCCUGCACAUACAAACACUGUUUCUGAAAAUAUUGAACAUGUCUCCGAACAAAAUGGCAGCAAGCAAGGAGAGGAUAUCAGGUUACAUGUUAAAACAGAAGGUGUAAAUGACAAAGCAAUAUCUGAGAAGACGGGAUUAGGAACCAUUCAGAUACUCGCAGAUGCUUUGCCUAAAAUUGUUCCAUAUGUCCUUAUCAACCAUCGCGAGGAGCUCCUUCCUCUAAUAAUGUGUGCGAUUGAGCACCACCCAGAUAGCAGGACUCGGGAUUCAUUGACCCACACAUUAUUUAACUUAAUAAAGCGUCCCGAUGAACAACAAAGACGGAUAAUAAUGGAUGCAUGUGUCAGCCUUGCAAAGAAUGUUGGAGAGAUGAGAACUGAAACAGAAUUGCUUCCUCAGUGUUGGGAACAAAUAAAUCACAUGUACGAGGAACGUAGACUGCUUGUUGCUCAAUCAUGUGGAGAGCUAGCAGAAUUUGUACGCCUUGAGAUUCGCGAUUCUCUUAUUUUAUCAAUUGUGCAACAACUAAUAGAAGAUUCUGCCACUAUUGUUCGAGAGGCCGCAGCUCAUAAUUUGGCUAAGCUGCUUCCGCUUUUCCCAAACACGGAUAAAUAUUUCAAGGUUGAGGAGUUGAUGUUCCAAUUGAUAUGUGAUCCCACAGGAGUGGUGGUGGAAACUACACUCAAAGAGAUGGUUCCUGCAGUUGUAAAGUGGGGAAACAAAUUAGACCAUGUUUUGGGGGUUUUACUCUCUCAUAUUUUCAGCUCUGCUCAGCACUGUCCACCGCUUUCUGUAGUUGAAGGGUGUAUAGAGUCAUAUCUACAUGUGUUGGGGGAAAGAGAGCGCUGGAAUAUAGAUGUUCUAUUGAAAAUGCUGACAGAUUUGCUUUCUUUCGUAUACCAGAAAGCAAUUGAAACAUGCCCCUUCUUGUCCAGCAUAGAAACUACACAAUUUGUGCUAUCUACUACAUUGCUUGAAUUAUAUGCAAGGGGAAAUUUUAAAUGGGAUGCAUUUGAAUGGGUGCAUGUUGAGUGUUUUCCUAAACUGAUACAGUUGGCUUGCUUGUUACCCUGGAAAGAAGACAAUUUGCGAAGCCGAAUUUCAAAGUUUCUGUUAUCUGUUUCUGAAAGGUUUGGGGAUACUUAUGUUACAUGCAUAAUGCUCCCUGUAUUUUUAACAGCAGUUGGGGAUGAUGCCGACUUAACAUUUUUUCCUAGUGUCAUUCAUUCAAGAAUAAAAGGUUUGAGACCAAAAUCUUCUGUUGCUGAGAGGCUCUCUACAUCAUGUGUCCUACCGCUUUUGUUAGCUGGUGUUUUGGGUGGGCCUGGAAAACGCAAAGAAUUAAUAGAUUACUCGAGAAAGCUGCUACUAGAAGACAAUUCUAAGGAAAAUACAUCAACCAAGCAUACACCUGAAAUUAUUAAUGCAAUCCGCUUCAUUUGCAUAUAUGAAGAAAACCAGGGUAUGAUAUUUGAAAUACUGUGGGAAAUGGUUGUUAGCUCUAACAUAAACAUGAAAGUAACCGCUGCCAAACUUCUAAAAGUUCUUGUGCCACAUAUUGACGCAAAGGUUGUCUCGAUUCAUGCUUUGCCUGCAUUAGUUACUCUCGGAUCUGAACAAGACCUUGAUGUGAAGUGUGCUAGCAUUGAUGCAUUUGGUGCCGUUGCUAAACAUUUCAAGAAUGAAAUGAUAGUUGACAAGAUACGUGUUCAAAUGGGUGCUUUUAUUGAAGAUGGAUCCCAUGAAGCUAUUAUUGCUGUCAUUCACGCGUUGGUAGUUGCAGUACCUCAUACAACAGAACAACUUAGAGAUUAUCUUUUGUCCAAGAUUGCUCAACUUACAACCUUGCCAGUUACUACUUCAACUAAUUUGACGCGCCGGCAAGAAAGAGCCAAUGUAUUUUGCGAGGCAAUCCGUGCUCUGGAUGCUACAGAUCUUUCUGCAAACAGUGUCAAAGACCACCUCCUGCCUGCAAUACAAAACCUUUUUAAAGACUUGGAUGCACUGGAUCCAGCGCAUAAAGAAGCCCUUGACAUUAUUAUGAAGGAAAGAUCAGGGACAAGUUAUAGUAGUAUAAGUAAUAAGGUGGUGAGUUCUCAUGUUGGUCUGGCAUCAUCAAUGAGCAGCUUCUUUGGUGAUGGUGGCUUGCUUGGAAGGAGAGACAGUACAGAAGUGCUAUCAGAAAAGUCUACUUCUCCCAGGAGUGCUGCGUCACCACCACCACCGGCGGAGGAUACUAGAUUUAGGCGCAUCAUGCUGGGACAUUUCGGCGACAUGCUUCGUGGCAAGGGAAGAUCAGAGGAAAAUCAUAACUAA